AUGAUGAGAAGAAAAGUUGGUUCUUCCGCGGUGGUCUGCACCUCUAUAAUUCUGGCGCUGUCAUCUUCCUGUGGCAGUACCACUUCGGUGGUGGACGCCUUGCCAUCAGAUUCCCUGUGGGACAACAGCUGGCAAAGCAGCAGCACCAGUGCCACACCUCCUCCGUCUCCGUCCUCGCGAGGUGCCUUUGGCUUGCCCGUGGGGACCAUUGAAGAAAUUCCCGAAGAACCACCAAAGCAAGCGAAAAAGAAACAACAGAACGACGACGAUGAGCCAUGGCGCAAAAAGGACGACUGGUGGAAGGAUCCUCUGGCCAUGUUUGGCGAUGAUGACGAAUUAUUGGAAGACUACGAGGAAAAAGACAAAUCUGGAUCUUCCAAAAGUAGCACUACUACUCAUGGUGAGAGCAGCCAGCCACAAUCCACCAGCCGCGAUCCAGUCCAAUCAGAGGCAACGAGAUUGGAGAAAGAGGCACGAGAACAAGAAAAAGCAGAGAUGCUGGCCAUGGAAAAAGCAGCACAAGAAAAGGCCGAACGAGAAAAGGCUGGGCAGGAAGUAAGACUUGCCCAAGCAAAGAUUGCGCUAGAAGAAAAAGCAGCGAGGGAGAAGGCCGCAAGGGAACAAGACGCCGUAGAAUGGGCAGCACAGGAAAAGAUUGAAAAAGAAAGGGCUGCCGUGGAAAAGGCAACACGGGAACAAGCUGCUAGGGAAAAGGCUGCUCUGGAAAAGGCUGCCAGGGAACAAGAGGCUCUGGAAAAGGCUGUCCAAGCAAAGCUUGCCAGAGAAAGAGCCGCACAAGAAAGGGCUGCCAAGAGAAAGGCGGCUCAGGAACGAGCUGCUCAGAAGAAGUUUGAAAGAGAAACCGAAGCCAGAGAUACUCUGCAGGAACUCAAUAAGGGGAAUAAUGGCGUAGGCAUGGCACUUCCAGCUUCCAUGUUUGCUUCCGUCAUGCCAGCCUUGAAAUCUGCUCUAUUCCGAGUGCAGAUUUUUGCUACACCGGGCAAUGCAUUGGGGGCUAUUGCGGCCCUUACCAUUGGCAAGCUUGUGAUCGACAAGAUUCGAAAACGUCAACCCAAAAACAAGCAUCUAUCGGAAAUGGAAGCCGCAGUAGACGAAUAUCAUAACGAAGUCCUCAUGGAGGACACCCUGCAGAUGCAAUAUCAAAUGGAUGAACUCCGCUACAUGGAGGAAGACGAAGAAACAGAAGAUACAUCCGACGACACAGGUAUCGAUCUCGAUAGCGAUGUUGAUAGUUCCAUCUCCACUUCCCACUCACAUCAACAUCAUCGAGCAUCCACCGAUACCAACAACAACAACAAGUACAGUGCCAACUCGUCUCCGGCGUUUAUCAGUGGCCUUCGUGCGGCUCUCGUCGGUGGACAUUCUCGUUCGGACGGUGGUAUGCUCGCUACCCUUGGAGGAGGGAGCGGUCGUCGUGUCAAAGUGACAGCUGGUGAACUCGAGUACCUCAAGACAGUAGCCGACAAGGCAGUUUCGGAACGUCAGGUCAUGGAGCAAGAGUACGAAAAGACCAGCUUUCAACUUCAGGAGGCACAGAGUGAGGUGACCCAACUGGCAUCGACAACCAAGUAUCUCAAAUCUCAACUCAAAGAUUACGAAGAAAUGAUGGAUCGAACGAUUCGCAGCGAACGCAAAAAGGCCAAGGUGGAGAUCCAAAGGAUGAAGGAGGUAAUGGAAGCUUCCAUCGCACAGGACCGAGAACAGCUUCGCAAGCAAUUCACAAAGGAACUUGACCGGCUGCAAGCGCAAUACGAAAUGGAGCGAAACCGAAAGGAGAAUGAGAACCGCAUAGCUGUUCUGCAGUCCCAGGAUGCACCCAAAGAACAAGGUGAGGCGGGCUCACAAGACGGCCACCUCAAACAACAACAACAACAACAACAACAACAAUCCCACACCAUGAACAACCAAACAAGUGCCAGCCAUGUUCUGAAUACGACGGGCGUGAGCCCUGGUGCGAAUACCACCGAUGCAGGCGUAGACCAAGAGAGCCAACAAGAAGCUUCAGCUUCCAAAAGGAGCAACAGCAAGAAACGCAAAAAGAACCAAAACGACAAAUGA